CAAGACUUGAAGCUAUAGCUGUGGGCUGAGAGACACGCUCGACUGGAAAACCGAGCACUGCCCACCAGUGAGCCUGCAGUGGGACAGUUCUCCCAUCUGCAGAAGCAGGUUAAGGAUUCACGGUACUAACAGGACGCCAUAAUGAAGUACAAGGAGGGAAGGGCGGGAAGGAGAUGAGCUAGGGAAAAGCUCCCAGGGGCAGGAGGGCUCCGUGAGGCUUGAGAACACGGGCAGCAAGUAAGAAAGCAAAGGGGUAGGAGGCUGCUCAGACAGUAAGACAGUCAAACCCUUGGUGGGGAGCAGCUCCGAGCACAAACAGGAAACACCGCGUGUCUUAGAAGCGGAUGGAUACAGCAGUCAGCUUGCUUGUUGCGGCAUCUAGAGGGGACCUGGAAUCAGACCACUUUGUCAGGCUUCACUGUACGACUGCGGUAAUACGGAACAUAAAUGACCAAGUUCUCUUCGUUGACAAAAGAAAGCCUGUGUUCGAGGAAAUGACUGAAAUUGAUCAAAGUGUCAAUGGACCCCAGACCAGACUGAUAAUAUAUAUGUAUAAAGACAGUGCAGUGAGAGGACUGGCUGUGACCCUCUCUGUGAAGGAUGAGAGAAUGUCUACCCUCUCCUGUAAGAACAAAAUCAUUUCCUUUGAGGAAAUGAAUCCACCUGAAAAUAUUGACGAUAUAAAAAGUGAUCUCAUAUUCUUUCAGAAACGUGUUCCAGGACACAACAAAAUGGAGUUUGAAUCUUCACUGUAUGAAGGACACUUUCUAGCUUGCCAAAAGGAAGAUGAUGCUUUCAAACUCGUUUUGAAAAAAAAGGAUGAAAAUGGGGAUAACUCUGUAAUGUUCACUCUUACUAACUUACAUCAAAUUUAAGUAUUAAGGGUUUUGUGUUCCAGAAAGAGGAUUAGUACACAUGAGCCUCAUGAUAACCUAGUCUGUAUUUCCAAAACAAACUACCUGAGGCUGCAUGAUUUAUAGAGUAAACAAGUUUAUCUGUC